CAAAAAAAAAAUCCAUGCUUUUGUUUUUGUUUUUGUGUGUUUGCGGUAUUUUGAUUCGGUUUUUUCUUUUAGCAUUUUUCAUUUGUAAAAUUUACCUCUUUCAUCCAGAAAUUUGAUAUAACUUAACGAACCAAAACGAAAAAGAAUGGCUCAAACAUUACCAUUAAAUCCAAAACCAUUUCUAAAUGGUUUAACUGGUAAACCAAUUAUUGUCAAAUUGAAAUGGGGAAUGGAAUAUAAAGGAUUUCUUGUUUCAGUUGAUGCAUAUAUGAAUUUACAGUUAGCAAAUACUGAAGAAUAUAUUGAUGGUGCUUGUACUGGUAAUCUUGGUGAAGUAUUAGUACGUUGUAAUAAUGUUCUUUAUAUAAGGGGUAUUGAAGAAGAAGAAGAAGAUGGUGAAAUGAAAGAUUAAUUCAAUUAUCAUUCAAUAUCAUUCAACGAAUAAAAUACAUCGAUCUCCGAUCUUCAUUGGAACCAGAAAACGUAACGAAAUUUGCAUGAUAUUCCCUGUCAUUCAUUUUUUUCGCUUAUA